AUGACAGACACGAACGACGCCAUUACAGUCAAUGAACGCAUGCUGGCUGCUUGCGAAAACGAUCAGGACGAUUUGCUGGCGGAUCUGCUACUGCAAGACGGCGAUAUUCAGUUCAAGGAUGAGGCGGGAGGCUCCGUAUUCCAUUACGCAGCCAAGUAUGGUGCCUUGAGUUGCAUCGAAUUUUUGACCCCAUUCGCUACACCGGCGCUUCUCAAUGCAAAGGAUAAAAAAGGCAACACGCCCUUGCAUUACGCUGUUCAAUACACCGAAGACCCAUUUAUUGCUCUCGCGGUAUCGGACGCUCUGAUAGACGCCGGCGCGGAUCCCAGAAUCGAGAAUCGCGAUAAACUCGCACCAUGGCAACUGGUCCCUCCAAAGAAUGAUGAUCUGAAAGGACUUUUUGAUCAAGCCAUUGCAGGCUAUGAAAUGGGCGAUUCCGACGCAGAAGACGAACCGCAUCGGAUGGAUUCCGACGAUUAG